UUAAAUCAACUGGAAGCCUAGGAUUUAUUACUCGCUCCGGCAUGAUCCUUCGAGCACCUCUCAAUCUCUUUCAUAAUCACCAGGCAGCUCCAUCCUAUUCUCCAUCUCCCCUCUCACCUGUCUUGUUUCAGACCUAACAAGAGAACCAACCCCGCGAGCUCCACACAAAUAAAUACCCCUCCUUCCUUUGCAGCUUCAGCUUGUGUCUUUGCGAAAAACAGGAACCUCCCAAAACGAGCGAUUAUGUCCUCUCUCCGGCCUGAUGAUAGGUCCCGAAAGGAUCGAUCCCGGUCGCGCUCUCGCGACCACAGGUCCAAGAGCGAUGCUGCAUCUGAGCGCCCAUCCUACAGCGAUUAUCGCGAAUCGAGCUAUAUAUACCCAGAAGAUGAUUUAAAUGACCGCACAAGACCUGGCGCACCACAAGCAAGCGGUGCUCUUCCUUACCCUGACGAGGGCGGUAUCUACCCUCCUGUUCCUGGAAACCUAGAGCAAUAUAGCUAUGACUCUUAUCAGCCCACUUACCGAACCGCUUCGCCGCCGAAGGACUCGCCAUACAGGUCCUCGCACGACAGGGUUGACAGUAAUUUACCGGGAGCAUUUCCGGGAGCAUUCCCAGAUGACAGUCGCCGCGAGAAAGACAAAGACGAGCAGGACAGAUUCAGCUUUCUGCCACAAAAGUACAUGCGCAAGCUUACUGGAUCUCCUGGCGACAACAAGGAAAGGGACAGCCGAAGCCGUAAAGAUAGGCUAGACGAUGACCUGGCCUACGGACAGCCAGGAGUUCCUCCGCGUCCCAAAGCCGAGACUGACGAUCUUGCUUAUGGCAAGGCCACCGGACUCCCUUCGACCGCCAGCCAAGUCAUGACUACAUACAACCCCCCUCCAACGUCCGGGGACAACUAUUAUGCCCAGCAACAGAAUCCCUACGGAUAUACUCAUCGCGAUCCCGCAAGUCCAUCUGUUGAUCAGUAUGGUUCGCGCAGGUCCAAGGAAGAUGUGCGCUACAAUGACGUUUAUGGCUCCAACCCCAAUAUCGUGACAGCCGAGCCCAGAAGCCGUGAUGAUGAGAAACAUCGCGAACGUCGUAGAGACAGAUCUUCGGACCCUCGGGGCAGUUCAGACCGUCUGGCUGUGGACACUGGAGGCCGAAAACGUGAAAAGUCACGAGAUAGGUCUCGCCGACGUGAAAAAUCUCGGGAAAGAUCUCGAUCCCAUAGGAGAGAAAAGUCGGGAGAUACUCUAACUGUGGACAGCCAUCGCAGACACAGAUCGCGAUCCAGGGAUGGACGCCACAGCCGAAAGGACAAGUCUCCUCAACCUCCAACUGCGAGGAUGUCCGGUCUCAGCAUCAACACUGGACUGACAGUCGGUGGUCUCGCUGUUGGAGGCUUAGCUGGCGCAUCACUAGCAAAUGCUCCACCAUCGCCCAUGCUCGAGUCCUACUAUGGCACUUACCAAGAUUGUUCUCCCAUGCCAUCCCCUCUGUUGCUCGCUGCCAAGUCAAGUGACGACAAUCGAGCUCUCGAGGCACUCUCUCCGCUAGGGUCUGACAAUGAAGACGAUAGCAGACGUCGCCGACGCGCCCGCUUCCACGAUCCUGAGGACAUCACAACCCAGCUAGCCCAGGCCCUCAAGGGGAGCCGUAAACCUGACACUGAACCACUUAUCGAGAUUCUGCCAAGCUUGACACACGAUCAAGUUAUGAAGCUACGUGCAGAUUAUAAGGCGCUCGUCAAAACCGGCUCCGACCGCAAGGGUGUAAACAUCGCCAAGCAUAUCCGCGCUCGUCUCAAAGACGAAGACCCUCUUCUGAUGAAAGCCUGCUACUCUGUUGCUCUGGGCAUAUGGGAGAGUGAGGCAUACUGGGCCAACUUCUGGUACCAGGGCGAUAAGACUCGUCGAGAACUGCUCAUCGAAUCUCUCAUGGGCCGCACCAAUGCCGAAAUACGUUACAUCAAGGAUGCUUUUACAGACAAGAAGUAUGACAACAGUCUCACCAAGUGCAUGAAGGAAGAACUUAAGGAGGACAAGUUUAAGAAAGCCGUCCUUCUGGUUCUCGAUGAACGCCGCAUGGAAGAGUAUGACCACCACGGUCGCCUGUUGCCUAUCGACUACGCUCUGGUUGACCAGGACGUCGCCGAUCUCCGCCGCUCCAUAAAGUCGGAAAAGGGUGGCGAGACAGCAAUGAUUAACAUUAUUGUGUUGCGUAGCGACUCUCAUCUACGUGCUAUUCUCCAAGAGUACGAGCGUCAGUACCGUGCCAACUUUGCGCGCGAUGCUCUCAAAAAGAGUGGAAACCUUGUGGGUGAACUUUUGGCUCAUAUUCUCAACGGUGUCAUCAACCGUCCCGUUCGUGAUGCCCUGCUUAUUCACCACGCCACCUCGGCGUCUCGCAAAGAUGACCUUCGUCGCGAGCUGCUCAUUUCUCGCCUUGUUCGAUACCACUGGGAUCCGCAUCACAUGAGGGCCGUCAAGCAAGCUUACCGCGAACGCUACGGCAGAGGCAUGAAGGACGUCGUUCGUGACGCGACAAGCGGCGAAUGGGGCGAGUUCUGUGGUGAAUUGUGCAUUGCACGUAUGCCUGAUGACGUGAGGAAAUUUGACAAGAUCAGCUAUAGUACGCGAUAAGCAAGCAUGUUUAUGAUUUAUGAAGGAAUGGACGACAUGUAGCAUUGAAUAUAUAUACAUAUAUAUAGAGGAACUAUAUAUGGAGCGUGCCAUGAACAUUGAUGAUAUAUACAAGUUUGUGACAUACUCGAAAACAUGUUCAGCAGAUGAAUCGAUGAGAUAUGUAUUUCCUAAUCCUUUUUAUGAAUCCAUCGGCUAUUUCUUGGAUCCUCUACCUCCCCUCUUGCCCUUCCCACCAGCACCUUUCUUACCUCCACUGCCGCCGCUUCCACCGCCUCCGCCGGCCAUCAUGACUCUCACCUUACCAACAGGCACGACGUUGUAGGUCUCUUCAGGUUUAAGCGCCUUGAUCAGUUCAACCUCGCGGGGCCACAUUCGAUCCUUGUCCCGAGCAUUUUCAUCCACAACACCCUUCUUAGUAGAAGCCGCCUUCCAACGCUCAAGAACCUCCUUGACCGCCUUGCCCUUCUUGGUCGCACCAGGCUGCAGCUUGGCUUUGUACUUGUAGCGCCCGAGGGCAUUCCAUGGAGCGCAGACGGGGAUAAUCUCGAGGAUCUCAUCACCGGGAAGGGGUGUGCCAACAAUAGCAUCGAGCACUGUCAUCUGACUGGCCUCGUCUUCAUCAAGCAUUUCAACACCUUCCUCCAUCAUGACGCGUCUAAUCUCCUCGUGUUCAGCCGUUUCCUUUUGUUGCCGCUGGUGCUGUGCACGACGCCGCUCUUUGGCUGCUGCAAGUUCAGCCUCGCGAUCUGCUUUAGCCUUUGCCUCAGCUUCAGCUUUCUUUUGCCCAACGGUAGCUCCUAUCAAAGCUUCUGCAGCGGUUCUAUCUUCAUCGUCUUGGUGCUUGUACUUUGCAGCAAUCUUCUUGGCUUUGCUUCGUUGACCUCGCUUGGGAGCGUGCUUCUUAGAGGCGUUUGGGGUGUUGUUUUGUGUACCUGUGCCUGCAGGCUUGCUGGCAGUCUCCUUUUCUGAUUUAGCAGUCUCUUCACCUUCAUCGGCUUCAUUUUCUUCGUUUCGAGCCUCCUCCUGCUCCUCCUGCUCCUCUUCAUUCUCGUCGGCCUCGGCUAUCUCUUGGUCAGGGGCCUCGUUGAUUGCUUCAUCCGAGAUCUUGAGCUCAGAAACACCUUCAUCAGCCACUUCGACUUCGGCGUUGCGACCUUCACCCUUCUUAAAUGCCUGAAGGGGAUUAUCUCGAGACUCUUCAUCGGGUUUCUCGUCUUCGGUUUCAUAAUCAGAGGGCACAUCGGAAUGUCCUGCAUCGGGCUCGUCGGCAUCGCCCAUCAUUCCCACUGAUUGGGGAGCACCGGAGCCUUCGUCGCCGAUUGCGGAGUCAACAUCGUGUAACCGGUGCUUGACGUGCUUGGCUUUACUCUCUUCGCUGAUUCUAAAAGCAAGACCCAGUCCAAGGAGAAGCUGAGCUGGAGGCAAAAAGUUCUUCUUUCCACGAAUCAUGAAGCUUCC